AUGUCUCUGGGUCCUUUCGAGAAGACACUUCGGGGAUCCGAAGAAGAAGAUCGCGGAAAUCCUAUUGUCUUCACAUCUCCAGACCAUAAAACUGAUGUUCGUCUGAUGGUUUUCAAACAAGAGUUUCAUGUGCACUCUCAUAUCUUGAAGAAAGGAUCAAAUUACUUCCCCAAAUUUCUCGAUUCGCCUGAUGAGCAGAAUAUUCCUAUAUCAGACUCGGAUCUAUUCCGAUACGAUUACAGCACCGUUGUUGAUGAGGAUGGCACUUGGGGUUUGGCUGCGUUGCUAACCGAGGAAAUGGUCUCCCGAGCAGAGCAUAUAGGAGAAAUUGAGGGCUUUCGACAACUCCUUUGCGCCAUGUAUUCAAGUCCCUAUACCAUCCGGGAUAUUGAAGAACUAUCAACACUUACUCGCAUUGCAGACUUCUACUGCGCUCUUCCGAUAGUUUCGGCCACCCUCACCAGCGCGUUUCUUGACAGCCCUAUAUUUUCAAAACGACAAGUUGAAGAGCCAACUGCCUGCACAAAGGAUCAGCUAGCGGAGGAUUGUGACUCUAUGAUAUUCAUCGCACAGUUCUAUUCCGCGAGUGUCUAA